AUCGAUGUUUCUCCACCACUAAUUGAUAGUAGCGCUUGAGCCAUUUUAGUUUGUUUGGAAUUGAAAAGUAUUGAAUUAAAAUCAACAAUAGCGACAGUUUGUAUGUGAUUAAUUGACUAACAAUGUCAACAGCGAGCAAGUGCAGUAAGUGCCAAAAAGAGACGACAAGCACAGCAUUGGAUGCUGGGCUUUGCGUGGACUGCUCGCCAGCCCUGGCAGCGUCGCCAACUGCAGCCCUGGGCGCGUCACCUGAAGAAGAUGCUGUAAAAAUGGAGAUUGACACAGACCUCACAACCAACGAGACGAUGGACGAUAUCGACGACCAGGAGAAAUCCACAGCAGAGGUGAAGGAGGAACAACAACAACAGCAGGCACAGCAAAUCAUACCCAAGGCAAAGUCCGAGGAUGAGCAGGUUGCCAACAAAGCAGCGACUUCCAUGGACGUGGAGAGCGAAGCGGAAGCCAAGCCCACACCCACAGCCACGCCCUCACCCCGCGUGGGCAAGAUCACACGCAGCAGCCUAAAUGGCCAACGUUCGCCCACAGUAAUGAAGCGUCUGCGAAAGAGCACGCGGAGCACACGCUUCAAGGCGAAACUAACGGGCCGCGGCGGCAAUGCCGCCGCUGGCAACGCCGCCAAUGGACACAAUGGUCAGUCAACGGGCGGUGGAGCAACUGGCUCCAUGGCGGGCAACGUAGCCGGCGGCGGCGGCGCUGGCAAGGCACAAAACAAUGCGCGGAGUCGCCGGACACUGUUCAAGAGGCCGGCACAGAAGACACCGCGGAUGCAGGCGGCGACGCGGUUCGUGAAGAGCGUUUUCUACAAGGGAAGCUACAUGCAGAUUGGCGAUAUCGUGAGCAUCGUGGACAGCGAGCAGAAGGUGUACUAUGCCCAGAUUCGUGGCCUGCUCGUGGAUGCGUACUGCGAGAAGUCGGCGUUCCUCACCUGGCUGAUACCCACACAGGACAGUCCCGAUCCCAAGGAGGGUUUCGAUCCCGCCACCUACUUGAUAGGUCCCGAUGAGCAGCUGUCACGCAAGCUGUGCUUCCUGGAGUUCAUCAUGCAUGCGCCGAGCAAUUAUUAUUUCGAUCGCACGACGCCAUUCCCGCUGCCCGAUGUCGAUGACUACACCACGCAUCGCACUGGCGGAUUCAUCUGGACGCGGUUGCCCGUGGUGAAGCGGGAGAGGGAAAGGGAGCGGGAAAAGGAGCGAGAAAAGGAGCGGGAGCGCAAGGCGGCCGCAUAGCAAAGAGCCAGCUGACGUCGUCUUCCAAGCAGGCUUUAAUUUAUUUUAAUUCUUUUUUUUUUUGUGUGUCAAACUCAUUUAGAUUAAAAGCAGCACAAGAUGUAAGAGAUUGGAGUGCGUUGUUCUCCCUUGCGUCUUCCCAUAGAUGUCUCUAAUGUUGUUCCUCCUCGCAGUACUCGAGAUAAGCGCGAUCCGCUUCCUCCAUUUGCAGCUGUCUGUUGAUGGGCACCAAGUACUCCUUGAGUGCAAAUUGCUGGCUCAGCUGCAUGCGAAGGGCGCUCGCCCCCCUCCGCCAGUUGGAUGCGUUGCUGCACAUCGUCAGCGGUGAUGAUGGUGACGGAUUUUUCCCGUGGCUUCGGCUCCAGCUCAACCGGUAUCUCCACCUGCUUAGACUCUUCCGGCUGCUCAGACUCCUCCUCCAGCUGCUCAAACUCUUCUGGCUGCUCCUUCUCCUCCUCCUGUCCCUGCUCCGCCUCUAGAGCUGGCAGCUGCAUCGCUGGAACAUCCAAAGCCGCCGCUUGAUGCGCUGCACGCAGCUCGGAAAUCACCUCGUUGAUGGCCACCUGGAGACGAGGCGUCACAUUGAUGUCGUUGGCAUUGCGUGUCAGCUGCCAACACUUCUCUCCACGACAUCCACCAACAGAUUGUACACCCACUUGACCAGCUCCCGGAGCACAGUGCAGCUCAGAUGCGACAAGCUCUCGAUGGUCUGAUAAAUUGUUUCCUGAUUGCGCAUCAGAAGCGGCGCAAUGUAUUCAUCGUGUAUCAGAUGGCAGCCGCCUCCAAUGCUGGGCAGCAGCCAGAGCAGCAAACACAACUUCAAGCUGGCCAGGAAUGGCACCCAGAACUCAAUGCAACUGCUGAUGAAGUGCAGCACAAUGAAGCCACCAAACACAAUCCAAUAUUUCAUCCACGAGAGCUGCGACUGCUGAUUGCCGCUGCCGCUUAGAGUUGAAUAGGUUGCGUACGCUGGAUAGACGCACCCAAUGACCAUGACCACGAAUUCGUACAACAUCUUGCUGCUUUCUUUCUUUUUUUUAGUUUAAUUUUACGAGAAAUAUAAAAGGAAAGAAA